AUGGGGCAGCGCGGCGGCGGGAUGCGCCUGGCUGGCCUCUGCUGCUGCCUCCAGCUGGCGGUCCUGGCGGGCGGCAUCGUCGCAGGGCUGCAGCUCGGCCCGGACCGCGCCGCCGAGUGGGAGGUGGUGUUCCCCGCGCUCUGGCGGCGGGAGCCGGACGCCGCCGCGGGGGGCAGCGGGGGCAGCGCCGACCCGGGCUGGGGGCGCGGCGGCGGCGGCGGCGCCUGGACGCAGGCGGCCGGCAGCUCCCGCGAGGUGCGCUCCGUGGCCCCGGCGCCCCCCGAGGAGCCGGCGGCGGAGGGCCCGUCGGAGCCCGGGCCCCGGCCCACGCCGCCCCCCGGGGCCGAGGAGGACGAAGAGCUCGAGUCCCAGGAGCUGCCGCGGGGAUCCGGCGGGGCUGCUGCCGCUGUGUCCCCGGGCGCCCCGGCCUCGUGGCAGCCGCCGCCGCCCCCCCUGCCGCCCCCGGCCCCGGCCCCGCACGCCGACCCGGAGGGCGAAGAGGUGCUGCUGCGGAUCCCCGCCUUCUCCCGGGACCUCUACCUGCUGCUCCGGAGGGACGGCCGCUUCCUGGCGCCGCGCUUCGCCGUGGAGCAGCGGCCGAGCCCCGGCCCGGCCCCCACGCGGGCCCCGCGCCCUCCGGCGCCCCCGGACGCCGCCUGUUUCUACACCGGGGCGGUGCUGCGGCACCCCGGCUCCCUGGCCUCGUUCAGCACCUGCGGAGGUGGCCUGAUGGGAUUCAUACAGCUCAAUGAAGACUUCAUAUUUAUCGAACCACUCAAUGAUACAGUGGCGAUAACGGGUCACCCGCACCGGCUCUAUAGGCAGAAAAGGUCCGUGCAGGAGGAAGUCACAGAGAAGCCAACUCCUCACAGUCCUUUCUGUGGUAUUGUUUCAGAUAAAGGAAGACCUAGAUCUAAAAAAGUAACAGAGAGUGGAAGAGGGAAACGAUAUUCAUACAAAUUACCCCAAGAAUACAACAUAGAGACUGUAGUGGUUGCAGACCCAGCAAUGGUUUCCUAUCAUGGAGCAGAUGCAGCCAGGAGAUUCAUUCUAACCAUCUUAAAUAUGGUUUUUAACCUUUUCCAACACAAGAGUCUUGGUGUGCAGGUCAAUCUUCGUGUGAUAAAGCUUAUUCUGCUCCAUGAAACUCCAGCAGAUCUGUAUAUUGGGCACCACGGAGAGAAAAUGCUAGAGAGUUUUUGCAAGUGGCAACAUGAAGAAUUUGGCAAAAAGAAUGAUAUCCACUUAGAGAUGUCCACAAGCUGGGGAGAGGACACGUCUUCUGUGGAUGCAGCUAUUCUUAUAACAAGGAAAGAUUUCUGUGUACACAAAGAUGAACCAUGCGAUACUGUUGGUAUAGCUUAUUUGAGUGGAAUGUGUAGUGAAAAGAGGAAAUGUAUUAUUGCUGAAGACAAUGGUCUGAAUCUUGCAUUUACAAUUGCUCAUGAAAUGGGUCACAACAUGGGCAUUAAUCAUGACAAUGACCACCCGUCAUGUGCUGACGGUCUUCAUAUCAUGUCUGGUGAAUGGAUUAAAGGACAAAACCUUGGUGAUGUUUCAUGGUCCCGAUGUAGCAAGGAGGAUUUGGGAAGAUUUCUAAGGUCAAAGGCCAGUAACUGCUUGCUCCAGACAAACCCCCAGAGUGUCAAUUCCGUGAUGGUGCCCUCCAAGUUGCCAGGGAUGACAUACACCGCUGACGAGCAAUGUCAGAUUCUCUUUGGGCCACUGGCUUCCUUUUGUCAAGAGAUGCAGCAUGUUAUCUGCACAGGGUUGUGGUGCAAGGUGGAAGGUGAGAAAGAAUGCAGAACCAAGCUGGACCCCCCGAUGGAUGGAACUGACUGUGACACGGGGAAGUGGUGUAAGGCUGGAGAAUGUACCAGCAGGACCUCAGCACCUGGACACGUGGCCGGAGAGUGGAGCGCGUGGAGCCCCUGCAGCCGGACCUGCAGUGCUGGGAUCAGCAGCCGAGAGCGCAAGUGUCCCGGGCUAGCUUCUGAAGCAAGGGAUUGUAAUGGUCCCAGAAAACAAUACAGAGUAUGUGAGAAUCCGCCUUGUCCUGCAGGUUUGCCUGGAUUCAGAGACUGGCAAUGUCAGGCCUAUAGUGUUAGAACUUCGUACUCAAAGCAUAUGCUUCAGUGGCAAGCUGUCAUGGAUGAAGGAAAACCAUGUGCCUUGUUUUGCUCACCUAUUGGAAAAGAACAGCCUAUUCUUCUGUCAGAAAAAGUGAUGGAUGGAACUUCUUGUGGCUCUCAGGGAUUGGAUAUCUGUGCAAAUGGCAGGUGUCAGAAGGUCGGCUGUGAUGGUUUCUUAGGGUCUCUUGCAAGGGAAGACCAUUGUGGUGUAUGCAAUGGCAAUGGGAAAUCGUGCAAAAUCAUUAAGGGAGAUUUCAACCACACCAGAGGAGCAGGUUAUGUGGAAGUGCUGGUGAUACCUACUGGAGCUCGAAGAAUCAAAGUGGUGGAGGAGAAGCCGGCACACAGCUACUUAGCUCUCCGAGACACUGGAAAGCAGUCUAUCAAUAGUGACUGGAAGAUUGAACACUCUGGAGCCUUCACCUUGGCCGGAACUACUGUCCAUUACAUCAGAAGAGGCCUCUGGGAGAAGAUCUCUGCCAAAGGUCCUACCACAUCACCUUUACACCUCCUGGUGCUGCUAUUUCAAGACCAGAGUUAUGGUCUUCACUAUGAAUACACGAUUCCCUCAGACCCUCCUCCGGAUAACCAGAGCUCUAAAGCACCUGGACCGCUUUUCAUGUGGACGCACACGGGCUGGGAAGAUUGUGAUGCCACGUGUGGAGGAGGAGAAAGAAAGACAACAGUGUCUUGCACAAAAAUCAUGAACAAAAAUAUCAGCAUUGUGGACAGCAAGAAAUGCAAAUAUUUAACCAAGCCAGAGCCACAGAUUCGCAAGUGCAAUGAGCAGCCAUGCCAAACGAGAUGGAUGAUGACAGAAUGGACCCCGUGUUCACGAACUUGUGGAAAAGGGAUGCAGAGCAGACAAGUGGCGUGUACCCAACAACUGAGCAACGGAACCCUGAUCCGGGCCCGGGAGCGGGACUGCGCUGGGCCCAAGCCGGCCUCCGCCCAGCGCUGCGAGGGCCAGGACUGCAUGACCGUGUGGGAGGCGGGCGUGUGGUCAGAGUGCUCUGUCAAGUGUGGCAAAGGUGUCCGUCAGCGGACCGUGAGGUGUACUAACCCCAGAAAGAAGUGUGUCCUUUCCACCAGACCCAGGGAGGCCGAGGACUGUGAGGACUACUCAAAAUGCUACCUCUGGCGGAUGGGUGACUGGUCUAAGUGCUCAAUUACCUGUGGCAAAGGAAUGCAGUCCCGUGUUAUCCAGUGCAUGCACAAGAUCACAGGAAGACAUGGAAAUGAGUGUUUCUCUUCAGAAAAGCCUGCAGCAUACAGGCCAUGCCACCUUCAGCCCUGCAAUGAGAAGAUUAACGUAAAUACCAUAACAUCACCCAGGCUGGCUGCUCUGACUUUCAAGUGCCUGGGAGAUCAGUGGCCCGUGUACUGCCGAGUGAUACGCGAGAAGAACCUGUGUCAGGACAUGCGGUGGUAUCAGCGCUGCUGCGAGACCUGCAGGGACUUCUAUGCCCAAAAGCUGCAGCAAAAGAGCUGA